CUUCGGGUUUCAGGUUCGGUUUUAGGUUCGGGAGUAGUCGACUUGUGCGGAUAAAAACGCUUCUUCGUUCUUGAUUUUACACGCGCAUCUUUUUCUCUCUCCUCUGCUCUUGCCCUGCUUCUGCCACUCUCUCUCCUCUAGAAACUGGGGAUCGAAGAGAAUAAUCAAGCUACUACUGUCAGAGAAAGCAAACCCACGAGCAAAAGAAUCAUCAUGGGAGCUGAAGAAGAAAAAAACAAGAUGUGGCCUCCAUGGCUUAAACCUCUGCUUCGAGAGAAGUUCUUCGUACAAUGCAAAUUACACGCAGAUUCACACAAGAGUGAGUGUAACAUGUACUGUUUAGACUGUACCAGUGGCCCUCUCUGUUCUCUCUGCCUCUCUUUCCACAAGGAUCAUCAUGCCAUUCAGAUAAGGAGAUCAUCGUAUCACGAUGUGAUCAGAGUAUCAGAGAUUCAGAAAUUUCUGGACAUUACAGGAGUUCAGACAUAUGUGAUUAACAGUGCGAAGGUUGUCUUCUUGAAUGAGAGACCUCAGCCUCGACCAGGCAAAGGUGUCGUCAACACCUGCGAAGUCUGUUAUCGAAGCCUUGUUGAUUCUUUCAGAUUCUGCUCUCUUGGCUGCAAGAUCUCUGGAAUAUCCAGGAGUUUCGACAAGAAAAAAAAGGAUUGGACAAACAAUCUUUCAGAUUCUAAUGAUUCGUAUAGCAGUUCUACUAGUAUAGGGAGGCUCAAGAAGAAUGGUGACAUGAUUCAUAAUAGUUUCACACCAUCAACACCACCUCUAUCUGCCGUGUAUCGUCGAAUUGCAAAACGAAGGAAGGGAAUACCGCACCGUGCUCCUCUUGGGGGACUAAUCAUAGAAUACUAAGAAAAUGGUAAUGUAUAGUCUUAUGCUAUUAACCAUCACUAGUAGUUUGUGGGGUAUGUAUAAGUAUGUAUAUAUAUGUCUAUAAUGGCUAAAGCAAUGUAAAAAGAGAAGCUUAACAUCAUAGUGUCAAGUUAGAUAUGAAAGUGUAAAACAAGAGGGAAAAGAUAAUAGAAUGAAGUAUGAAAGGAAUACUUGUGCCUGUAUAUUUUGGGCUCAAAGAGCGGAUAUGUAAAUGAAAAAAGACAAUAUAUAGUAAUAAAAGCAUGUGAUGGAAUGCAAAUCUGAAUGAAAUAAAGGCACUUUUACAUUCAA